AUUUGAAAUGCCAAACAGUCGUUGUUAAGAAGUGAUUGUGGCCUCACACGCUCAACUCCAGCUCAGCUACAGCUCAGUGCUCAAGUACACGGUGGCGAAAUCGCAAAAAGUAACUAACUAAUCAAGCAGACAAGCAAAUUAAACGCCUGUAAACGUUUGUAAUAUUUCAUUUCAAAUUCGUUAACGCUGCAUAAUUGAACGAAGCGAUUCGAAAAAAAAUAAUAAAAAAUAACCGAAACAAUAACCGUUCCAACAACAGUCACUUUGUGCAAUUUCGCGUUUUGUUCGUUUUUAAUUACCGUUAAAAUACACCGUACACACAACUCAACAAAAAUUCAAAAAUGAAGUACUUCAACAUCACACUUUUGCUGGUCGUUCUGGCGUUGGCCUGCUGCCUCUCACUCACAUACGCGCAGGAGGAAGACGCUGCUGCCCCAAGUGCGCCCAAGCGGCCGGGACUACGUCGUCCAAUCGGUGGUAAGUCGGCAAAGACGACAACAACAACAGCAGCACCAGAACCAGAAGAGAAUGAAUACGAGGACGGUGAGGGCAUUCCAGAGGGUGAGGAUGGUGAUGAGGAUGGUUUGGCUAGCAGCACUACAACAACAACAGAGGCACCCAAGAAGGUGAUAGGACCCGUUAUUCGGCCAUUCCGGUCGAACGAUGACUUCUGGAACUCGCUGAAGCGUCGCCAACAAGAUGCCAAGAAACACAGAUCUGUUGAGAAGCCAACACCAAAGAGCAAGCCAGCACCCGUUAACGACGAAGAAGCCGAUGAAGGUGCCGAAUCAGCGCCCGCUCCAGCGCCAGCGAAAGGCUUCAAGGCCGGCAAUUCAGCUUUGAACCGUCGCAAAUUGUCGAAACCCGGCAAACCCGAACCAGCGCCCGCCGAUGAUGCCGCCGCCGAGGAGUCCGAACAAGAGCCAAAAGAGCAAGCGAGACGUCUGCCACACGCACGCCUCGCUUUGAGAAAGCGCAAUUAAGGCGCAACCAAGACGCAAGCGAAGUGAAAAUUUCAAAUUGCAAAUCAAUUUAUACUCCUGUUAAUUUGAUAACUUCCUCUUAAGUUCUUUUCAAUGAAAAUUGUAAUGCCAACAACAUACAUAACUGUAAACUAUUAUGUCUCUACUUGACGUAUCUAGCUGUCUCUUGCGCACUUGCAGCGCUACCUUGCGGUUUAGCGUUGUAAUUGUGAUUUGUGAUUACAAAACACCUUAUAACUGUAUAUUUUUGUUUCACUUCACACAUACAUACAUACAUGUUCUUACAUAUGUAGAAGAGCUUAUCUGUUUGUGUAGCUUUAAGUUAUUUUAUUUUAUAAUUUUUGUCCACUUUUUGUUUUUUUUUUAAUUUGAAAUUGUCGUUUGGAGAUAGUAGCGUCCUCAGUGCUCUUAAGCUCUUAAGCUUCUUUAAAUGUGUUAUAAUUAUUAUUUUAUAUAUGUAUUUUUGAGUUUACGUGUAUAUUAUAUAUUUUAUUGUACAUACUGUCAGCGUAAAUUUUACAAAUUUGUCGUAAACAAUAAUACAAUAAACUUAAAUAUGUAUUGAUAAAAAAAAAGAAAUGUGAAAAUCCAAA